AUGGCGCCGAGGAAGACUACAACCAAGGCGAAGGCCAAAGGCAAUGGACCAGUGGCGGUCAAGUCGAGAGGAAAAGCCCCGGUGGUCAUUCCAUCCAGCAAUGAUGAUGCUGACAAUAUCCUCACCAAACCCGCAUUCAAAGCAGCCAAGACGGGAGCACGAAAGUCCACAUCUUCAUUUGACCGCAACAUCCAGAAGCUGCUGGAGAUGCAGAAGCAGUUGCCCUCUCCGGUAGCCGAAAGCUCCGCCAUGGCAGCAGGCGCAAGUGAGCCGGCGGACGAAACGAAUGAUGCGAUGGCGAGACAGCUGAAGACCCUCGACAAGCUGCUGAAAGAAGUCACGCAGUUGCGACAUUCCAUUCUGAGCCGUGAAGAUCAGGUCAUCAUGCUUGGUGCUGUGCAUAGCAUCGACAUGACUUCGGAUGCCAUCAAUGAUACGGUCAAUGAGAUUGCAGAUACGCUAGAGACCACUUCGGCCGGGGUUGCUAGCAUGGAAGCGAUUAUGGAUGGGAUUGAUACCCAGACAGAUACCAUCAACGACACUACCUGUGAUAUCAAAGACACCGUCACGGAGAUCAAUGAUACUGUCGAUGAGAUCAAAGACGACUUAAAGGAUGUGCCAGAGACCGUGGACGAAAUUCGCGACACUCUCAUUGUGAUCCAAGAGACAGUUGACGAGACGUCGACUAAAGUUGACACUGUAGAAGAAGCGUUGGCGAUCCAUGAAAACGUCAGCGCAGCACGCUACCGUUCACUUGACCAUUCCAUGGACAUGAUGGGAAAGAAACUGGACGCUCUUAUCGAUAUGGUCCGGGCUCAGAGUCAUGUUUGCAGACACUACCGAUAG